AUGCCCAAAACUGAGGUAGCCAACAAAGCAUGUGCAGCUCGUGUGCGACAACGCGAACAAGAAAUGAUGAAGACUCGCAUAAGGAACAUGAAGCCGCAGAUUGAUACGCGCCCGCCGGAAACCAUGGCGCUCGACCAUGUGCGGAACAACCUGAAGAGGGAGCAGCUUCUAGAAGAGAGGUACCAUGCAAUCGAUCGUGACAAUCGAAUUCUCCUUCAGAAGAUGUCCGAUAUCAUGAAGACUCCCUCUGUGAAAUCUGGAGCAGCCCGUUCUCACAGUGGGCCCGUGAGCCUUGUGCGGGAUGCUCGAAAAGCAGAGCUCUCCCGGAUCACCCAGGAGAACCACGCAAUCCUUAGACGAAUCCAGCAGGCACAACCCGUUUACAACCACACGGAAUGGGACGAUUCAUAUCGGCGGAGCUCUAUGCGUGUGUACGAAGUCGUCGUACAGAUGGCUUUCGAGCUGCCACCAGGCAGUAUGGCUUUCGAGCUGCCAAGCUUGCCAGUCAUAGUGGCCGGUGGGCUGGGAGGUCCGGCUGUGAUGUUUAGUGUGACACCCUUCCGGAAUGGGCUGACGCUUGGUGCAACCAGCUCUGCGAGUGCCAUGGAGCUUUACAAGCAGGUUUUUGCCGAAGGACUGGCCAAAGGGUGGACGGGUGGAACUUUCACUGCACGUGCCGCUUGCCCACAAUUUUUAUGCUUAGGUCCAGCCUAUCACUUUUACGCAUCAUUUUCCGGUGUAGGCGGUGGAGUUCUGCUGACCAGUCUUACUGAGACCCUCAUCGUGUAUGGUGCUGAAACCUGCAAUGCUCAGAUGGCAAAGAAUCAGAAGAGUCCUGGUAGCAUCCCAUCUGUGCACCCAUCAUGGAAGCCUUUUGGACCCGGCUUUGGAAUCCACGUGUUCCGCAACGUGAUUGCGACGGCUGGACUGCGAAUGUUUUGCACCCCGUGCAGGACUGCCAUCGAACAAGUUAGCGGCAAAAGCAAUUCCAUGACAACACUAGCUGGAGAUUUUGCAGGCAAUGUUUGUGCUGCCUGUCUAUCUGCACCAGUACAUCAGCUCUAUGGUUACACUGUGACUACUCCCGAACUUAGGAGCUUGCCUGCAGCUGAACAGCGUGAAAAGAUGAUAUCGUUCUUGAAGGACCAGUACCUGGACAAAUCCAACGGAAGGACCAGGCUGAGUGGUUUGGUUCCCCGAGACCUCUUCAUGCGUAGCAUGUACGUGGCCGUGGCUUACACAAUGUAUUCGACGGUUGAGCGAACCAUGGUGGCGUGCUGGAACGGUUGUGAAUAUCCCGUUGCGUUGAAGAAGAAGACGCCAACCAGGUCCAGCAGUCUUGCUCCGCUUGGUGGAAAAGCGCAGCUGGCCUGUGUUUGA